CAAUUUUCCUCACCGUUUUUGACGUUUGUUUGGUGAUCGGCUUUUGUGCAGGAUUUCCGUUUAAAUUUUUAAACAUUAUAAUACAAGAAUCAUUUGCAAAAUGAAAAUCGAAGAAGUCAAGAGUACUGCUAAAACUCAAAGAAUAUCGGCCCAUAGUCAUAUUAAAGGCUUAGGAUUAGAUGAAAAUGGUGUACCUAUUCAAAUGGCAGCCGGUCUCGUGGGCCAAGAAUCUGCUAGAGAGGCGGCCGGAAUAGUAGUAGAUAUGAUAAGAAGUAAGAAGAUGGCUGGUCGGGCGUUGCUAUUAGCUGGUCCUCCUGGGACUGGAAAAACAGCUAUUGCAUUAGCCAUUGCCCAGGAAUUAGGUAACAAAGUGCCUUUUUGCCCUAUGGUAGGAAGUGAGGUGUACAGUACAGAGAUAAAAAAAACUGAAGUUCUAAUGGAGAACUUUCGCCGUGCCAUUGGUCUCCGUAUCCGUGAGACUAAGGAAGUGUUUGAGGGUGAAGUAACAGAGCUCACACCAGUGGAAACGGAAAAUCCUGCUGGAGGAUAUGGAAAAACAGUUUCACAUGUCAUUAUUGGUUUGAAAACUGCAAAAGGUACAAAGCAAUUGAAAUUGGAUCCCACCAUAUAUGAGUCAUUGCAGAAAGAAAAAGUGGAAGUAGGUGAUGUGAUCUAUAUUGAAGCUAACUCAGGUGCAGUGAAACGUCAAGGGAGAAGUGACACAUUUGCUACAGAAUUUGAUCUAGAGGCAGAAGAGUAUGUCCCAUUGCCGAAAGGUGAUGUUCAUAAAAAGAAGGAGGUAGUACAGGAUGUUACUCUGCAUGACUUGGACUGUGCCAAUGCAAGACCUCAGGGUGGACAUGACAUUAUGUCAGUCAUGGGUCAGCUGAUGAAGCCAAAGAAAACAGAAAUUACAGAUAAAUUAAGAAAAGAAAUCAAUAAAAUAGUCAAUAAAUAUAUAGACCAAGGUAUAGCAGAGUUGGUUCCUGGAGUUCUCUUCAUUGAUGAGGUUCACAUGUUAGAUAUUGAAACAUUCACAUAUCUGCACCGAGCUUUAGAGUCGGCUAUCGCUCCAAUUGUCAUUUUUGCUACUAAUAGGGGACGCUGUCAAAUAAGAGGCACGGAGGACAUAAUAUCUCCGCAUGGGAUACCACUUGAUCUUUUGGACAGGCUGCUGAUUAUUAGAACUUUACCUUAUAAUAAAUCUGAGCUUUUACAGAUCCUAAAGUUACGUGCAACAACAGAAGGCAUAGCAAUAGAGGAAGAUGCUUUAGCAGCUCUUGCGGAAAUUGGCGCUAACAGUACUUUAAGGUACGCGGCACAGCUGCUGACGCCGGCGUCGCUGACGGCGCGCGCUGACGGCGGACAGCGCAUCUCUCCGCCGCACAUCCAGGCAGUGCACACGCUCUUCCUUGACGCCAAGUCCUCAGCGCGCAUCCUCACACAGCACUCCGAUAAAUAUAUGAAGUAGACAUAGUGCAAGUAUAGUUCGUUUCAAAUAUGAAUGUGCACGAGACAGCGACAUAUGACGUCAUACCUCUCAAAUCG